AUGACUGGUGCGGAUCGAAGAGAUGUGAAGAGAUUUGUUUUGGUCGGACGAUCCUGCACGGUACACGCACGCACACACACACACAUACACGCGCCCCCGCGCGCUAUGUGCAGUCACUAGGGGUUGGACUGUUCGCGCAACGUUUUCGUAGCCUGGCCUCCACACGGGAUCGAAACUACUAAAUGCUAACUUAAUUGUACGUCUCCUAACGUACUACUCGGCGGCCAUUUGAACAGCUUUGCCACAAGGCGUCAGUAUUCUGGAAAUGUAAGUCUUGGAAAUGCAAUACUGCGUCUCAUACACGUCCGACGUACUAUUAAUUCUUGUCACGUCUACGUGCAUAGGUUUAUCUAUAUAGAUUGACAGUAUUCGUUAUCAAUUAUAGUCAGAUUUACUGUCAACAAGAGCGAACAGUAUUUGUAAUAUUUUACGUUUUUUUUUUUUUCAAUCUUAUUUUACCUUCGAUUUGCCAGUUUCUUGAAAUUCGUUGAAGCUUAAUUUAUUAUCGCUGCAGAGAUCAAGAAUUGUACGAAUACAUGCUGCAGGACAAUAAGUCCCGCACAUGCGUGGCAUCCAAUUGUUAAAUGAGGGUGGUUUCACACGCGUGACUCAUGCCUCAUAAAAUAUUAUGCCCCUCCGAGUUUAAUAUCCAAUGGACGGUUUAACCGUCCGAAGAGUUGCUUCCUAAAAUAUUCUCACAUAUGAAUUUUGCCAAUCGUGAUUCCUUUCCCCUCGGUGUGAAAUUUCAAAUUAGUCGGAUGCUGGAUUUCCAAUAAUAAUAAUAAUAGUAAUAAGUAAGCGAUUAAUUAAUGCCAGCCUAAUUGUCUGCAAUUUUUUUUCUUUCAGAAAGCCCGCUUACUGAUCGAGGUAGCCGAGAUGGCGAGCACGUCGCAGCAGUACUGUCUACGCUGGAAUAAUCACCGCUCGAAUCUGUUGACGGUGUUCGACGAGCUACUGCAAAACGAGGCAUUCACCGACGUGACUCUGGCAGUUGACGGUGGCGUCUCCGUCAAAUGUCACAAGAUGGUCUUGGCGGCGUGUUCCUCCUACUUUCAAAGUUUGUUCCUCGACUUGCCGUGCAAGCAUCCUAUCGUCGUGCUGAAGGACGUUAAAUAUUCGGAGAUCAAAGCAAUCCUGGAGUACAUGUACCGCGGCGAGGUGAAUGUGGCCCAGGAGCAAUUGGCCGGCUUGUUGAAGAUCGCCGAGGUACUGAAGGUGAAGGGGCUUGUUGAGGAAAAUGGGUCCCAAGGCCGUCGUGAAGAAAUCGAAACCUCCAUGUCUCCUCCGCCAGCUAUCAGCACCAGUACAACCGGCAGUGCAGUUCAUAGCAGUGAUCACGCGUCCCCUCCGCAUUCCACGGGAACUACGUACGACAUCUACGGCAAAUCGCCAGUCGACAGAAGUAGCCGUUUACCGCUACCAAUGUGGUCUCUACCGGGGAUUCCCAUGACUCAUUCCAGCACCGGUCACCAGACGGCGACGCAUCAACAUUCUUCUAUGUUGACUGGCUCGUCGCCCAUUUUAACCGGCUUCGAGACCUCACCGUUGAAGCACAAGAAACUCUCGAAUAUGUUGAUGAACAGAGACACGCCGAUUCUGAGGACUGUACUGGGUCAAGGUCACGCGGAUAGCUCCCAAGGGAUCCCCCUGUUGCACCCGGAUAGCCACGAGAAUCAAUUUAGAAAUAGCAGUAAUGGCUCGUCGAACGAGAACGAUAGACGGGCUAGUAUGGAUCUAGUUCACGGGGAACCUGCGCAUAGCCCUUACACUGACGUGUCCAUGAUGGACGAAGAUGAUAAGCAAUCGUCGCCGCAGUCGUACCCUGCGGAUAUUAAACCAGGGAUGGUUAACUACGUACCAGCGCAAAAGCCGGAGUGGAAACGAUACAAGCAAUACACGAGGCACGAUAUAAUGUCCGCGAUCGAGGCGGUACGUUCAGGAAUGAGUGCCCUCCAAGCGGCACGUAAGUACGGAGUGCCCUCUCGAACUCUUUACGACAAGGUAAGGAAAUUAGGAAUCACGACGUCGCGACCAUUUAAACGCGGAUCGAACGGCAGUGGCGCCUGUUUCCCGUACGGGAUCGGUGGUAACGCGAACGGUAACAUCUACAGUGGCGCCCUCUCUGAAAACGAGAACGAAAGUGGCAAUGUGAUCGAGGGUCCUGGGUCUACCCUCGACACGUGUAAAUCGAGAGACGCUCCUGCAGAUAGGGAAAUCGCAGACGUUAACCGCUGUACGUCCAGUCCUAUGGUUCAUUCCGUGAAACAGCCGAGCAACGAGGAUCAAGUCGAGGAUCUUUCUGUGAGUCGUAAGUCGGACGUUCGCGUGAUAGUUCCGCCAACGUCAGUGAUUAAGAACGAGGAGGAUAUUGGCUCUGACUCUUGCAGUCACAAUUAACCUAAGCUAACUGCUUUAUCGCUCACGAUUCAGUCAGAAUAUUGCCACCUCUGACAGAAACUAAACGUACUAUAGAAAUUCGCAUCGUUGCAUGGAGAAGUUUGUAAAGUUUUUUUUUAUUAGAUAAUUUAAGAGAGCAUCGAUUUAGGAGAGAUUGUACGUAAGCGUCAGACGGUGUCUCUGAUUUUCGUUGGACGAAUUUUCUCAAAUUAUCCUCGGCGGACGGCGAUGAUUCUUCGGUUCGCGACAGACCAUACUUCUAGAGGCAGGCUUUUAAUACUUCAGAACAGGAUGAUAAGGAUGAGAAACGCAACCAAACGGAAGCCAAUUAAGUAAGUUUAACGUUUAACAAAUGACUCAGGGAUCAAUAGCGGAGUAAUAUGUAUCGCCGCAAUAAUAAGUCAUAGAGAACAUACGUACAUAAUGUAUUCAUAACGAACCCAGUAUAUGAGAUUCUUCUCAGAUUACUUUGCACAAGACUGAUUCAAGAAUUCGAUACGGGAAUUCAAGAGACUGAAGUAUAAUCAACGAUUGUGUUCCAAAGUUGUUAAAGCCUAAUGCUAACAUAAUCAUGGAAUAUAGUGCCUUCUCUAUUAUUAUUUAUCGAUUUAAAAGGGAAAAUAUAUUGAUGGUUUAUUGAAAGUUGUUGGCAAAAAGAGAAAGGAAGAAAAACAUUGCAAUGUCCUUAUUCGAAUAUUUAAUGAGAUUAAUCAUAUGCAUAUACAUAUACAUAUAUAUAUAC